UGAAGACUACACGGGGCAUCGAAAUAUAAUUAAAUUACUAAAGGGAGCGAAGAUGGCAGCGGUAUAUUUCAGCUGCAUUUUAAUGAUUCUCUGGCCCUUGCAUACAGUCUGUUGGAAUGGGAACGGAUACUCGCACAACACCCACUGCGAUUACUGCCAUAAUGGUGGAAGUUGCGAAUAUAGCGGUCAACGUGAUAUAAGGUGCCAUUGUCAAUCCAGUUACACUGGCGAUCGGUGUGAAGCCUCCGUCACACUCACGACAAUCACUGCCUCCUCCACCACCGCGGCUACCACUCCGUCCACGACAACAGGAUCUACUCUAUGGACAGCUUCAAACCCCGGCCUGUGUCAACUACGAUCCUACAGUUAGACCAUGUCGAGACGCUUCAGUGUGCAGCAAACCGCAUAUGAAGGCCGUGCUGUGUCCUGAUCCUGACCAGGCUCACUACUGUCCAGUCACAUGCGGAUGUUGCGUGCCCGAACCGGCUGAAAUGAUUGGAUAGAUUGCACUAUGUUACCCUUGACGCUGACAUCGCAAUAAAUCAUUAUCAGAAAUGCCAAUAAACAUACCUGCUGAAAUAUCACAGUUUUAGCGCAAAACACUGCACGGUGUCGUUGUGCUUGGAUGCAGUAUUGCGUUUCAGUUAAGUGCGGUGACAAGUAUUUUUGUUUUUCAUUUUAUUGUUUCUUUCGAGAGAAUACAGAGCCGGGAAACUGUAUACGACCUUGUCAAGGAAUGUGUUAGAAUAAAAGACAAGUAGGAUUUUGCAUAAAUAGCUGACUCAUUUAAAAUCUUUUCAAACUCUUAAACCAAAUAAACAGUAAGUUUCAAACUGAAACUAGAAUUGGUAUAUGAAAUGGGUCAUCUGUGUUCGUACCUAGUGUUUUUUACCAAAGACUAGUGCAAUACGAGUAUGUUGCGUUGCCUUUAAUUUUAUCAAGUCGGAUAAUAAGCCAAACACAAUUGAUAAAAUGUUCGUCAGAUUUGCCGCGAUUCAAAAUCGUAAAAUAUAAUACAGUUAUACAUUUUCUUUAUUGAUUCAGCGAAAUUCCU